AUGCCAUCAUCAAUGUCGAAGAACCUCAUGCCACAAAGAAAGUACAACGCCAGCAGUAGUGAUCCUUCAAGUUGGACGACUGAUGAGAAGAGUGGAUUGCGAAAGGUUUGCUUUGUUUGUAAUAAAGCAGGUCAUUUAGCGCGAGACUGUAGACAAGGCAGCAAGGUUACAGUACCGAAGAGUUGCUUUAUUUGCCAUAAAGCCGGACAUAUAGCCAGAGAUUGUAAACAGAUGAGAUCAGUUCCUGCAAAGAGUGAACAGAAGGUAGCAACGCUGUGCGUUCAAAUGGAAGAGGAAAACAGCCCAUUGAAAAACAACACAGAAGAUGGUAUAUUGAAGUUAGCAAGUGGGGAAUCAGUACCAAUUCUUGCAGGAGUUUGUACCAUUGACAUGUUACAAGGAGAGAGGAACUUAGAGAUACAGAGAGAAUUUGUAGGAACAAAUAAAUGA